GACCAAGGAGAUCCGCUUCAGCCUGCCGGUGCUGCGGCGCGCGUCCUCGCUGGAGGACCUGGACACCAACAGCGCGGCCGAGGACGCCGAGCUGCUGCCCGCUGCCUCCGCCGCGCACUCGCACCGCUCCAACUCCUUCAGCUACUACGGCCUGGGCGCCAUCGACCCGUCGCUGUACCGCUGCGGGGGCGGCGCGGGGCUGGGGCUGGGCGAGGAGGAGGCGUUCCCGGAGGGCCACCUGGGGCGGCUGUGGGUGGCGCUGCGCUACGAGGCGGCCACGGAGAAGCUGCUGGUGACGCUGCUGCGCGCCAAGAACCUGCCGUCGCGCGUCGUGGGCACGGCCAACGCGUGCGACCCGCUCGUGCGACUCGCGCUCGCCCCCGACGAGCGCCGUCCGCUGCAGACGCGCGCCAAGAAGAAGACGUGCAGCCCGUUCUUCGACGAGACCUUUGUCUUCCAGGUGCCGACGAAGGAGCUGUGCGACCACACGCUGAAGCUGACGGUGGUGGACGCGGGGCGCGCCAAGCGCUUCCAGGAGGUGGGCCACGUGGCGGUGCCGCUGCGCGAGCACUCGCCGGCCUCCCUGGCCGACCAGCAGCUGCUCGCCCUCGACCUCGAGAAGUUCCGCGACGAGCGGCGCGAGGCGUACGUGCGCGUGACGCUGCACCAGCAGUACCGCACGGUGAAGGCGAAGCGCACGGCGGCGGCGCGCACGCCCGCGCACGCGGACGGCCCCGCCUUCCACGAGGCCUUCAACUUCCGCGUGCCCGGCGCCCACGCCCACCUCACCUCCGUCGGCUUCCACGUCAUGGAACCCCAGGCCGGCUACGCGCGCGACAAGCUGCUGGGCAAGUGCGUGCUGGGCUCGUACAUGUUCGCCCGAGGCAAGGCGCUGGCCCACUGGAACCAGGCCAUCGCGUCGCCCAUGGAGCAGGUGCAGCAGUGGCACGUGCUCUCGGAGUAAUCGCCCGCCGCCCACCGGCUCCGGCAACCGCCGGCUUCAUCUAACGCUCCCGGAACAUGGUCAGGUAGUAAGGUUGACUUGUGUAAAGAAGAAAGACUCCUUGUUGUUGCCAAGCUUUAAUUUUUGUAUUUUCAUUGAAUGUAUUUUAUUAAAAAAUAUUAUUAUUAUUGAAUCUGAAACAUUUUAGUGACACAUUUCGUUUUAUUAUUAAAAAAAUGUUAGUUAUAAUUCAUUUAUUUUAUUUUUACCGUAAGAGUUGGCAAUAGAGUUUCUUCGUCCUCUUGGACUGGUUGUUGUGGAGACCAACGUGGGGAAAUGCUCUGAAGGCUGUAGAAUUACUAACGUCCCUAAAUUAGUAUUUGAUGAAAUAAUUGUAUUACCUACGUAAUUAAAAGAAUUAUUGCAUUACAUGAUGAUAGGUACUGAUGUAAAUAGUGAGUGAAGUUGCCUUUAACGACAGCGCGUGAUUUUAUCAAUUUAAUGAAGUAUUGUCAAAGAAAAUUAAUUUUCUUUAUGUAACUAGACCUUUCCGUGAUAUUUUCGGUGAGUUGGUACUGUUGCGAGAAACGUUGUUGCAGAAUCACUCUAGUGUGGUUUUAUUUAACCACGUACAUCUAAAUGUGCUGAUGUAAGUAAUUCUUCUUAGGCUUAAAAACGCUUCUUUAGGCUCAUCAUCGAAAUUGUCUAUUAAUAUACUCGCAUUAUUACUAGGCAUAUUGUAAUUGUGUUUGAAACAUACAUAAUUUUAUUUGAUGAGACUGAAAGGGGACUAAACUAUUUAUAUUACAUU